AUGCGGCUGUCGCCAUACCCUAUCUUCGUCACCCUCUGCGGGCUGCUAUCAUUAGCCAGGGCUGAUGGCGAGGUCACUUUCGAAGACGUGAGAGACAAAUUGCCCAAGACUUACAGCGGGCAAGGAGGGGAACCGGGCCCAAAAUAUUUCAAGGAAUCUUCCUUCCAUUAUCAUUAUGACGGGCGCUUUGCCGAGAGUACCCUCCCCGAAGAAGAAACCCUUCCUCACUUGUCUGCGCUCAUCCAAACAUACCUGUCGACGAUGGCCGAUCUCGGCGCUGAAACAUGGAUAAUGCACGGCUCGCUUCUGGCUUGGUGGUGGAAUCAGAAGAUCUUCCCGUGGGACAACGAUCUUGAUGUCCAGAUCAACGAACCGACGAUCCACUUCCUUGCCGACUACUAUAACAUGACCGAACAUCAUUUUGAUCUUCCUGAUGUCGAAGGCGGGCGCACCUAUCUCCUCGAAAUAAACCCCCAAUAUGUCGUCCGGUCGAAGUUGGAUAAAGCGAACGUCAUUGACGGGAGGUGGAUUGAUACUUCUUCCGGGUUAUUCAUCGACAUAACCGCUGUCCGGGCGGAUGACCAACGCCGAGCGAACGGUGAACCCGGCGCUCUGAUGUGCAAGGACCGCCACAAUUUCGAUGAGUCCGAGAUCUACCCUCUCCGAAAUAGCUACUUUGAAGACGUUCCGGCGAAGAUCCCGUACGCAUAUACCAAGCUUCUGCAAGACGAGUAUGGCGCCAAAGCCCUAACUAAAACCAACUACCAAGGUCAUGAAUUCAACGAGCAGACAAGCAUUUGGGAGAAAAUCAAGAACCAUAAGUUUCUGUCGCGCCGACGGAACGUGUCCAAGAUCCCAGUUCGAACCACGCCCCUUCAUCGUCUAUAUAGCCCGCCCGAUAACUAG